UCUGGUGCGAGUGGUCAUGCGGUGGUACAGUGCUGAGUGCUUGAAAAUUUUGAAACUUGUGUCUGUAGAUUUGAACAGUAGAUUAACACGUGAAAUAGACAGCUGCCCUACACUACGCAUAUUACUAACUGAGUGAUAUAUACGAUUAAAAGAGUAAUUCAUAUUUACAUUACGCUGAAUCGAACAUCGCCGUCUGUAAAAGCAGUGUCCUUGACUUCGAAUAAAAAUAAUUAUCCUGUUUAACCGUUAAGAAACAUAUUUAUCGGUCAUCGAAUACUGGUGUUACAAAGUGCGAUAGGACGAAGAGUGCAAAGUGGUAUUGUGGUGUCUAUGUGUCAGAAACUGGAAGAUGUCAGCAGAGCAGUAUGCUAGAACAUAUGGCACUCACUCUUUAACUCCAGCUUGUUUGGGGCUCAAAUGCAGAUUAACAAAGAUUCUUUCCUCUGGUGCAUUGCUUUCUUGUGUUACAUACACAGCCAUCAUCUCUGAAACUUAGAUAGGGGGAAAAAAAAACAAAAAAACCAUGCCAGCUACCAAUGAUACGGAGCCUGCAGCGGACUGUCGCAGUGUGACAGACAGUGUCGGAAGUCAUAGUGACCUGUCUGUGCACACUGCAUCGACAGCACAGACACAGUUGCAGCGUCCACGUAUGGAUGUUGUUUGUGUAAUUGACCUGCAUCAACCAGACUAUCUGGCUCAUAGAAAGAGAGCUCUAGAAGAAGUCCGCCAAGCGUGUGCUCUAGUUAAUGCUGCUAUGAACCAUAUACAGUUUGAAAAACUGGAUUUUGGUGAAACAAAUGUGUUGGAUACAUUUUAUAAUGCUGAUGUGGCAGUCGUGGAUCUGUCAGUACAGAUUCAGCAGAGUUCUCUCUUCUAUCAUUUGGGAGUCCGUGAAAGCUUUGGGAUGAAGGAGAAUAUAUUACUAUAUAAUGACUUCGAUACAGAGGCAACUUUAAGACUGAAGAUAUCAUGUGGCAGCUAUACCUUUGUGUCAUAUCGACUUCUUGACUGUGGGACGUGCGUUACAACAAAUCCUGCAGCUGCAAGACUUACAGGAGAAGAAGGCUCUCUGGAUCCUAAACAACAUUUAACAAUCAAACUGAAAAAGUUACUCCAAGAUGUAGAAAUUCAGUCAAAAGCACACAUGAAGGAGAAGUUUUUAGCUGACUUGCGUAAAGCGAGAGAAACAUAUACGGGAGAGGAAUUAGCAAGAGUGCUUCAUAAUAUGAGGAAAAGACUUGAUGAUCCCAAUGUGCUCUCUGGUGAAGUGCUGCUGAAUGUGUUAAUAUCAUUUAGAGAAAUUCAAGAUUAUGAUGCCAUGGUGCAACUUGUUGACGACUUGCGAACUGUACCAAAUAAGAGGAAUUAUAUAACUACUUCAGCAAUAGGAUACCUCUAUGCAUUUGCACUGAACAGGCGCAAUAAAGAAGGCGACAGAGAACGAGCUCUCAGAGUGAUUGAGAAAGCUUUGGAGAAGAAGGAAAAUCAUGUACCUGAUAUAGUUUGUCUUUGUGGUAGGAUAUACAAAGACAAGUUUGUUGAAUCUCAGCAUCAAGAUAAAGAUAGUUUAAUGAAUGCUAUUCAUUGGUAUAGAAAAGGAUUUGAAGUGCAGCCGAAUGAAUAUGCUGGCAUUAAUUUAGCAACAUUGCUUGUUAUAGCUGGUAAUGAGUUUUCAAAAUCAGAAGAGCUGCAGCAUAUAGGUAUGGUCCUCAACAAUUUAAUUGGUAAAAAGGGUAGCCUGUCAUCAUUACAAGACUACUGGGAUGUUGCCACUUUCUUCGAAAUUAGUGUUUUAGCAGAAGAUUACUCAAAAGCUAUCCAAGCAGCAGAAUGCAUGUUCAAGUUAAAGCCACCAAACUGGCACGUUAAAUCUACGAUAGGAAACAUCUCUCUCAUAGACAGGUUUAGAAAGAAAAAUGAAGAUGCAGAAAUUUCUCCUGAGGAACAAGUAUUUGGAUUUUGGAUGGAAUACUUCGUGGAAUCAACAAAAACCGAAGUGGGAGAUAGCAUAAGAUUUCCUAUGCUUGUUUUGGAGCCAGAUAAGGUAUUCAUGCCAAGUUAUGUAACUGUGAAUCUUGGAGCAGAAGAAAAGUCAAUUGAGAUAUGGAACAUGUGUCUGGAUAGCAUGAAGGGAAAAUGUCGAAAGGUGCACAAAUGGCUUUUUGCAGCUAGUCAGAUUAGAAGUGUUAGUUUAUACAAGAGAGAUGAGCGCUGCCUGUUCCUGUAUGUACACCAAAACUCUGAUGACUUUCAAAUGUACUUUCCAUCAGUCCAGUGUCGUCAAAGGUUUUUUGAUUUGGUGAAAGAGAUGACAGGGGACCAAGAAGGAAUGGUUAUGGACCUGGAUGCUCAGCAGGCAGAGGAUCAGAUAAAAUAUGAAUAUGAGCAAGAUGAACAAGGAAAAAGAAUUGUGUUAGGAAAGGGCACUUUUGGAGUUGUGUUUGCUGCCAGAGAUCUAAUAACCCAAGUAAGGAUAGCAGUGAAAGAAAUUCCAGAGAAAAAUAAAGGAGAUGUUCAGCCAUUGCAUGAAGAAAUAAAGCUACACUCUCAGUUGAGACACAGAAACAUUGUGCAGUAUUUGGGUUCAGUGUCAGAAGAUGGUUACUUCAAGAUUUUCAUGGAGCAAGUACCAGGGGGAAGCCUGUCUGCCUUGCUGAGCUCAAAGUGGGGACCACUGAAAGAAAAUGAAUCUACUAUUGUUUAUUACACAAAACAAAUCUUAGAAGGCCUUAAGUACCUCCAUGAUCAGAAAAUUGUUCAUAGGGAUAUAAAAGGUGACAAUGUCUUAGUGAACACAUAUAGUGGUGUUGUGAAAAUAUCCGAUUUUGGAACCUCAAAACGCCUUGCUGGGUUGGCAUCUAGUACAGAAACAUUUGCAGGAACUCUGCAGUAUAUGGCACCUGAAGUUAUUGAUAAGGGGCAGAGGGGAUAUGGUGCUCCUGCAGACAUAUGGUCACUGGGGUGCACCAUAGUGGAAAUGGCAACUGGAAAGCCACCAUUCAUUGAACUUGGUUCUCCACAGGCAGCCGUAUUUAAGGUAGGCUAUUACAAGAUUCAUCCUGAAAUCCCUCCUGAAUUAUCAGAAAAGGCAAAGAAUUUUAUUUUAUGUUGUUUUGAACCUGAUCCUGAGAAAAGAGCUACAGCAGCAGAUUUGCUGGAACAUCCCUUCCUCACAGAUAAAAAGAAGAGCUCUCGACUUAGUACUCCUCAAGAGUUUAGUCGGAGCAUUUCAGUACCAGCAGACAGAGUAACAGUUAAAAUUGAUAAAGGUGCAAGUAGUCACAACAGCACUCAUGGUCAGACAUCACCUGAGGACGGUGGCUUCAAUACUAAGUCGAACCCUGUGAAAUCAAGGGGACCUUCACUGCUCUCCCCAAUCAGCAUGCCUGCAGCUCUGUCUUUCUCCAGUCUCAGUACACCCACAUAUGAGACAGAUCAAGAGAGUGGUGUAAAUAUGACACGACGAAGUUCAUCAGGUGGCUUACUUUCCCCAGAAGUUGACAUACCUACACCUAAAGGAGGUGGAGUUUUGGGAUUGGGAGAGGCCUCAGAACAAGAUGGAUUUUAUUUGUUGAAGAAAGAUUCCCAGAGACGCAUGACUCUGUCAAGAGUUAUCAGCCAAGAUGAGCAAAAGAUCUGUGAGGUGUGGAUGCAGAACAUACAAAGGGAGCUGUUAGCAACAGUCCUUUCCACAACACAUCUGGUGGCAAUGAUUCGCAGCCUGAGAAACUAUAUAUCAGAUCAAAACAAAGAAUCACUUGAAAACGCAAUACAUACAUUGAAAGAAGAGCUGGAUUUUGAUGCAGAUGCUAUUAACCAGCUGCAUUUCUCAUUGUACCUCAUCCAAGAUGCUGUGAAUGUGGUGCUAAGACUUCAUAGUAUCAAGCCUCACUGGAUGUUUGCAUUAGACAAUCUUGUACGUAAUGCUGUUCAAGCAGCUAUAACAGUCAUGUCACCAGAGCUGGGUGCGAACUUGGCAGGUCAGGAUAAUCGUGAACAAAGUGUACCUGAUGGACCUGAUGGAAGCUCCACAUCUGGCAUGUCAACCGUCAACUCGGUGAAAUCACAGAAAACUGUCGACAGCCUCUCCAAUUCAGCCAAGUUCCGCCUGGAGUACCGAGAGCAGCUUGGUGUCCUGCGCUCAGAAAACUUGAGAUUACUGCAAGAAUUAGUGGACAGCCAGAAAUCCUACCAGACACUGUUGCGGCAGGCCUUAGAAGAUCAUCGUUUGCAGUUGGCAUUACUCUCUCAGACUGUGCAGCAGCUGAACCUUGUGUCAUCAUGCACUUGCCAAUCACAUGCUGAUACAGGUUAUGGAUCACAUAGAUCAGUGAGCUCAAAUGAUGCUGCAAGCUCCCCUGCAGGUCUGCUUCCACAGAUCAGUGUGACCGAUAGCUCAGCUGACUCACGAUUGAUUGAAUGGUUGCAGAACUUGAAACUAGACCAGUCCACUAUUGACAGGUUCCUGUUUGAAGAAUACUGUUUAGAUGAUGUUUUACUGUACAUCACACGUGCAGAUCUUCGCAAAUUGUGCUUAAGAGGUGGUGUCGAGUUGAGAGUAUGGAAAGCAAUUCUCAAAUGGAGGCGUGAGCACCGAGCUAACUUAAGUGCUGAGCGAUCUGACAGUGCAACCAGAACCCACCGCUCGACAAGUAAGAUAGAUGGUGGCGAUUCAAACCCUUUUGACAGGACUUGUAGUGAAAGCACAGAUACCACAGACUGAUUUUUGUUUCCAUAUAUUCUGUACUAAUAGACACCUAAUCUAUAGCUGCACUUAAGGCACUGGAAUCGUACCUGUUAAUUUCUGUAAAUGUAGUGGCUUUGUUGUAAAAUGACACAUUGUGCAGGAUUUUUCACUUCCCAUGGAAGUUGGAGUAUGAAGAUUUACAUUUUAACUGGCAAAAAUGCUUCCACAUUGUGAUAUUCAUCUGUUGACACGUUGUACCUUAAUCUGUGAUACCAUACAGUAUCGUUGCCUUGCAGUUUCUAUCAACAUAUUGGAAAAAGAAGUGUGUGUGUGUGUGUGUGUGUGUGUGCGUGCGUGCGUGCGUGCGUGCGUGUGUGUUGUUAUAGGAAGUAUGAGUAAAGAGAUAUAUCUCAUGUUAUGACAUCACAUUAUAUUACUUUGUCAUUUUUAAAAUUAGUUAUUUAUUUUCUGUUGUGUUGUGUGCAGCGGAAUACUUUUCUUUCCAUUGCAAAGAUAAUAUUUGCAUCAUAGAUCUGAUACUUUUAUGAUACAUGAAAGUCACUCUCCCUAUUUAUCUAUCUUUCAUUCUUUCACCUCUGCCUGCC